GUGGACUCUCACGGUUUCCAUGGUGCUGAGAGCAGCUUUGUGUCUCUGGGCCUUACAGAGUGGUGAUGUCACUGGCUCAUUCCGGCUCAGCAUCCUCACCACAGGCAGAGACAACAGAGCCAUUUUGGCUUUCCGGCUGGUGGAAUGCGCAGGGAGUUCAGUUUGAAAUCUAGAUCUGCUCGGGGCAGGGCUGAGAAGGGCAUCGGUCUACUAAGAUUCCGGUCGGAACCGUUUCCCGGGUCUUCCAGCUUGGAGGAGGGGAGCGCGGCAGCGACUGAAGCGGAGACAAGACUCGGAGGACCGGGAGCAGACAGGGGAUCUAGCGGGCUCUAAACAGGUGAGGGCGUGGCCCAGGUGUGAGAGGGGCAGAGGGGAGCGAGGAAAGCCUCAGGAUGGCGGGGGCGUCGGUCAAGGUGGCGGUGAGGGUUCGACCCUUCAACUCCAGAGAGAUGGCCAAGGACAGCAGGUGCAUCAUCCAGAUGUCUGGGAACACAACCACCAUCAUCAACCCCAAGCAACCCAAAGAGAACAAGAGCUUCAACUUUGAUUACUCCUACUGGUCCCACACCACGCCGGAGGACCUGAACUACGCGUCCCAGCUGCAGGUGUACCGGGACAUCGGGGUGGAGAUGCUGCAGCACGCCUUCGAGGGCUACAAUGUCUGCAUCUUUGCCUACGGCCAGACGGGGGCAGGCAAGAGCUACACCAUGAUGGGACGUCAGGAGAAGGACCAGGAAGGCAUCAUCCCCCUGUUGUGUGAAGAUUUGUUCACCAAGAUCAACGGCUGCAACACUGACAACAACUUGUCUUACUCUGUAGAGGUGAGCUACAUGGAGAUCUACUGUGAGCGUGUGCGUGACCUCCUGAACCCCAAGAACAAAGGGAACCUGCGUGUGCGAGAGCACCCCCUGCUGGGGCCCUACGUGGAGGACCUGUCCAAGCUGGCCGUCACCUCCUACAACGACAUCCAGGACCUCAUGGACUCUGGCAACAAGGCCCGAACGGUGGCAGCCACCAACAUGAACGAGACCAGCAGCCGAUCUCAUGCUGUCUUCAACAUCAUCUUCACCCAAAAGCGCCACGAUGCCGACUCGGACAACACCUCCGAAAAGGUCAGCAAAAUCAGCCUGGUGGAUCUGGCCGGGAGCGAGAGGGCCGAUUCCACCGGAGCUAAAGGGACCAGGCUGAAGGAAGGAGCCAACAUCAAUAAAUCUCUGACCACCCUGGGGAAGGUCAUCUCUGCGCUGGCUGAAGUGGAUUCGGGACCAAACAAGAACAAGAAGAAGAAGAAGGUGGAGAGUCACAUCCCGUACAGAGACUCUGUCCUGACCUGGCUGCUGAGAGAGAACCUAGGAGGGAACUCUCGCACUGCCAUGGUGGCGGCUCUCAGUCCUGCUGACAUCAACUAUGAUGAGACCCUGAGCACACUCAGGUAUGCAGACAGAGCCAAGCAGAUCCGCUGCAACGCCGUGAUCAACGAGGACCCCAGCAACCGGCUGGUGCGUGAGCUGAAGGAGGAGGUGGGCCGACUGAGGGACCUGCUCUGCGCCCAGGGCCUGGGGGACAUCAUCGAGACAUACCGAGGGCCCAUAGCUGAAAUAGCUGGUUUGAAAUUGACCAAUACCAUGACAGGGAUGAGUCCGUCCCCAUCGCUGUCUGCCCUCUCCAGCCGAGCUGGCUCCAUCGCCAGCCUCCACGACCGCAUCAUGUUCAGCCCAGGCAGCGAGGAGGCCAUCGAGAGGCUGAAGGAAACUGAAAAAAUCAUUGCUGAGCUCAACGAAACCUGGGAGGAGAAACUGAGGCGGACGGAGGCUAUCCGCAUGGAGAGGGAGGCUCUGCUUGCGGAGAUGGGCGUGGCCAUGCGUGAGGACGGAGGAACAGUUGGCGUGUUCUCUCCCAAGAAGACUCCUCACCUGGUGAACCUGAAUGAAGAUCCGCUGAUGUCUGAAUGCCUCCUCUACUACAUUAAAGAUGGGAUCACCAGGGUGGGCCGUGUGGAUGCUAACAGUCGACAGGAUAUUGUGCUCAGUGGCCAUUUUAUCAAAGAUGAGCACUGCACCUUCACCAGUACCACUGGCCCCAUGGGGGAAGCGGUGGUGCUGGAGCCGUGCGAGGGGGCAGAGACCUACGUCAACGGGAAGAGAGUCUCUGAGCCCACCAUCCUGAAAUCUGGGAACCGCAUCAUCCUGGGGAAGAGCCACGUGUUCCGCUUCAACCACCCAGAGCAGGCGCGGCAGGAACGGGAGAAGACGCCCUGCGCAGAGACCCCCGCGGAGGCUGUGGACUGGGCCUUCGCCCAGAGAGAGCUGCUGGACAAGCAGGGCAUCGACAUGAAGCAGGAGAUGGACCAGAGGCUGCAGGAGCUGGAGGAUCAGUACCGCAGGGAGAGAGAGGAGGCCAACAACCUGCUGGAGCAGCAGAGGCUGGAUUAUGAGAGCAAGCUGGAAGCUCUUCAGAAGCAGGUGGACCGCUGUAACCCUGAUGCUGCGGAGGAAGAGGAGGAGCCUGACGAGGAAGUGCCGUGGACGGAGAGGGAGAGGGAGAUGGCACUGUGGGGGUUCCGGAAGUGGCGCUGCUACCAGUUCACCUCCCUGAGAGACCUGCUAUGGGGAAACGCCAUCUUCCUGAAGGAGGCCAACGCCAUCAGUGUGGAGCUCAAGAAGAAGGUCCAGUUCCAGUUUGUGCUGCUGACUGACACCCUGUACUCCCCCCUGCCCCCUGACCUGCUCCCCUCGGAGGCGUCUAAGGACAGGGAGCACAGCCCCUUCCCUCGCACUGUGGUGGCUGUGGAGGUACAGGACCAGAAGAAUGGAGCCACACAUUACUGGACCCUGGGGAAGCUGAGGCAGAGGUUGGAUCUGAUGAGGGACAUGUAUGACCGGGCUGCAGACAUGCCCAGCUCCACCAUCGAGGACUGUGAGAACGUGAUGACUGGAGGAGACCCCUUCUAUGACCGCUUCCCCUGGUUCCGGCUAGUUGGCAGCAACCCCAUUUUCAACACGUGCAUGAGCGAGCGCAUGAACGACCCCACCCCCUCCCCCACCCUCUCCACCUCCGAAAUUACCGAGCUUGCUGACUCACGGCGAGGGGGAGAGGAGGAGGAGGAGCUGGCGGAGUUGGAGGACCUGGACGAUGAUAUCUUUGUGGACGACUCGUGCUCGGAGCUGGGGGGAGAGGAGGAGGAGGAGGAGGAGGAGAGAGGGGUCUGCCAAGGCGCCAGUGAAGGCCAGGACCCUUUUUACGACCGCUCCCCCAUAUUCAGUGUAGUGGGAAGAUCCUUUGUGUACCUCAGUAACCUGCUGUACCCCGUGCCCCUGGUGCACCGAGUGGCAGUCGUCAGUGAGAAGGGGGAGGUGAAAGGCUUCCUCAGGGUGGCAGUCCAGGCCAUCUCAGCGGACGAGGAGGCCCCUGAUUACGGCUCCGGCGUCCGGCAGUCCGGCACCGCCAAGAUCUCCUUCGAGGACCAGCAGUUCCAGCAGUUCCAGGAGUCGAGCCCCGUGGCCGUGUCCCGGGCCGCCCCGCCCCAGGAGGAGCUGAGGAUAGUGGAGGGGGAGGGCCAGAGCGCAGAGACCGCACCCUCAGCGGAUGAAGUCAACAACAACACGUCCAGUGCUGAUGAAGGCGAGAGCCCUCUGAAGGCGGAGGGCUGUGUGGACGGAGCGUUGGAGCACCUGAGGAUCGGGUCCGUGUUCACCUUUAGAGUCACCAUCCUGCAGGCCUCCAGCAUCACUGCUGAGUACGCAGACAUCUUCUGCCAGUUCAACUUCAUCCACAGGCAUGACGAGGCGUUCUCCACAGAACCCCUGAAAAACACGGGCCGCGGACCUCCUCUGGGGUUCUACCACGUUCAGAACAUUGCUGUUGAAGUCACCAAGUCGUUUGUGGAGUACAUCAAGACCCAGCCUAUUGUGUUUGAGGUGUUCGGUCACUACCAGAAGCAGCCCUUCACUCCGCUCUGCAAAGACCUCAUCAGCCCUCUGCGCCCCUGCAGAAGACAGAUCCCUCGAGUCAUGCCCCUGUCCAAGCCAGUUCCUGCCACCAAGCUCACAGCGAUGACACGCCCCUCUGCUGGGCCGUGCCACUGCAAGUACGACCUCAUGGUUCUGUUUGAGAUCUGUGAGCUGGAGGCCAACGGAGACUACAUCCCUGCAGCAGUGGACCACAGAGGAGGAAUGCCGUGUCACGGUACUUUCAUGCUACACCAGGGUAUCCAGAGGAGAGUCACUGUGACCAUCGUGCAUGAGACAGGUGGUGACAUCCAGUGGAAGGAUGUGAGCGAGCUGGUUGUUGGGCGUCUCCGCAGUACUCCUGAGGCAGACGAGACAAUCCUGGACCCCAACAUCCUGUCCCUCAACAUCCUGUCUGCAGGAUACGUCAGGCCUACUCAGGAUGACAGACAGUUUCUUGAUUCGGACAUGCCUAGGACGUUCUAUCGUUUCGAGGCAGCCUGGGACAGCUCCAUGCACAACUCCCUGCUGCUGAACCGUGUCACCCCUUACGGAGAGAAGAUCUACAUGACCUUGUCUGCCUACCUGGAGAUGGAGAACUGCACUCAGCCCACCGUCAUAACCAAAGACUUCUGCAUGGUGUUCUACUCCCGCGACGCCAAGCUGCCUGCCUCGCGCUCCCUCAGGAACCUGUUUGGCACUGGGAGCCUGCGGGCUGUGGAGGGGAGCCGCGUGACUGGCGUGUACGAGGUCAGCUUGUGUCACUUGGCGGACGCAGGAAGUCCAGGCAUGCAGCGGCGGCGGAGGCGGGUUCUGGACACCUCGGUGGCGUACGUCCGCGGAGAGGAGAACCUGGCGGGCUGGAGGCCACGCAGCGACAGCCUCAUCCUCGAUCACCAGUGGGAGCUGGAGAAGCUCAGCCUGAUGCAGGAGGUGGAGAAGACCCGCCACUACCUGCUGCUGAGGGAGAAGUUAGAGUCUACCCUCCUGCUGGGCCAGGACUCCCUGCUGGGCAUCUGUGAGGAGGCUGGCCCCCAGCCUUCUGACCCCGGCCUCGACCCCGGAGACGACCUCCACAGCGAGAGGCAGAGGGAGCUAGCCACCAAGUGUCUGAGGCUGCUAAGUCACUCCUUCAACAGAGACUACAGCCACGUGUGUGUCAGUGCCAGUGAGAGCAAGCUCUCUGAGAUGUCUGUGACUCUGCUGAGGGAGUCCACCUCGGCCUCGCCUGUCAACACCCUCACCCCUUCCUCCACCUGCCCCUCGCUGGUGGAGGGUUGCUACAGCAACACCGAGCUCAGACCCCCUGCCCCCCGCUCUCGGGCCCCCAGCCCGGACCCCCAGCUGGCAGGGGAGGCCAGGAAGGCCCAGCAGGGGGCUGCGGAGGCCAAGCCCAGGAUACGCCGCUUCGUACCGGACAUCCAGGAGAUCCGCGUCAGCCCCAUCGUGUCUAAGAAGGGCUACAUCCACUUCCUGGAGCCCAACACCAACGGCUGGGUGAAGCGCUACGUGGUGGUGCGCCGUCCGUAUGUCUACAUCUACAACUCUGAGCGGGACAGCGUGGAGCGCGCCAUCCUCAACCUGUCCUCCGCCCAGGUGGAAUACAGCGAGGACCAGCAGGCCAUGCUCAAGAGCCCCAACACGUUUGCCGUGUGUACAGAACACCGAGGCAUCCUGCUGCAGGCCAACAAUGACAAGGACAUGCAGGACUGGCUGUACGCUUUCAACCCCCUGCUGGCCGGGACCAUCAGAUCAAAGCUGUCCAGAAGAAGAGCAGGGCUGAGCAGGAUGUGAUUGUCAGCAGAACGCGUCCUCAGAGAAGAUCUGGAACACAGAGACUGACCUGUACUGUACAUAGAUCCCUGACACUGUACCUAGUUAACGUUCCCAACACCCCCUCCCAACCCCAGCCCCACACACCACACCCCGCACAUGCUCAGUUGAUCACCAGGGUGCAGGGCACCAGUUUCCUCCUGGCUGGAACCCACAGUUGUUGUGUCGGCUUCUGCUGCCUUUUCCAGACAUUCCCACAAGAGAAACAGAGAGAAUGAAAGAGAGAGAGGGAGAAAAACAGAGAGAAUGAAAGAGAGAGAGGGAGGGAAACAGAGAGAAUGAAAGAGAGAGAGGGAGAGAAACAGAGAGAAUGAAAGAGAGAGAGGGAGAGAAA